AUGGCGUCUGGUAACAGAGGUGCCCUGUCCCCCGGUAACCCUUACAGUCUGGUAACAGAGGUGCCCUGUCCCCCGUCUGGUAACAGAGGUGCCCUGUCCCCGGGUAACCCUUACAGUCUGGUAACAGAGGUGCCCUGUCCCCCGUGUGGUAACAGAGGUGCCCUGUCCCCCGGUAACCCAUACAGUGUGGUAACAGAGGUGCCCUGUCCCCCGGGUAACCCAUACAGUCUGGUAACAGAGGUGCCCUGUCCCCCGUCUGGUAACAGAGGUGCCCUGUCCCCGGGUAACCCUUACAGUCUGGUAACAGAGGUGCACUGUCCCCCGUCUGGUAACAGAGGUGCCCUGUCCCCGGGUAACCCUUACAGUCUGGUAACAGAGGUGCACUGUCCCCCGUCUGGUAACAGAGGUGCCCUGUCCCCCGGUAACCCUUACAGUCUGGUAACAGAGGUGCCCUGUCCCCCGUGUGGUAACAGAGGUGCCCUGUCCCCCGGUAACCCAUACAGUGUGGUAACAGAGGUGCCCUGUCCCCCGGGUAACCCAUACAGUCUGGUAACAGAGGUGCCCUGUCCCCCGUCUGGUAACAGAGGUGCCCUGUCCCCCGGUAACCCAUACAGUGUGGUAACAGAGGUGCCCUGUCCCCCGGGUAACCCAUACAGUCUGGUAACAGAGGUGCCCUGUCCCCCGUCUGGUAACAGAGGUGCCCUGUCCCCGGGUAACCCUUACAGUCUGGUAACAGAGGUGCACUGUCCCCCGUCUGGUAACAGAGGUGCCCUGUCCCCGGGUAACCCUUACAGUCUGGUAACAGAGGUGCACUGUCCCCCGUCUGGUAACAGAGGUGCCCUGUCCCCCGGUAACCCUUACAGUCUGGCAACAGAGGUGCCCUGUCCCCGGUAA